ACGACAUAGAGUUUCAUGAUCAUCCCAUCAGUCAAUGCCUUCAUAUCAGUUUACCAACAUGUCUCUCUCAACACAUCCAGUUCAUGCUUGGACCUACUGCAGCGUUGAACAGAGUUUGUGUAUGAUCAGACUCUCCUCCUCAUCCUCUUGAUUCUUUCUGUUGCAUCUCAAUAAUGCUCCUGCUGUCACACGGAUGCCAAUCACGAUUGCUUGCAUUUGCAACUUUUAUUGUUGCCUGCGGCGCUCUGUCCUUGCCAUCUCAAACCCCUUCGCGACCGGAAUCUAGGAACCCCGUCAAACAUAUCCCCAAUAUCGGCCUCGGCCUAUGGAAUUCCAAAGAUGACGAUGCAACAAAAGCUGUUGGGUAUGCCUUUUCGGCGGGAUAUCAUCACCUUGAUGGCGCCGCAGUCUAUGGCGUCCCUUUGUCUGACCGUGUAACAGAUAAUGAGCCGUUCGUGGGCACCGCCUUGAAUGCUUCUUCUUCACCACCCCGCCACCGAUACUGGCUAACGAGCAAGCUAUGGAACACGGCGCACCGACCCAAAUUCGUCCGCCCAGCCCUUGAAAAAACUCUCUCCGACCUCAAUACCACCUACCUGGAUCUCUACCUGAUGCACUGGCCGGUAGCAUUCCGGCCCGACACUCCCCCAGAACGCCAAGUGGUCGACCAGGACACAUCGAUCCUUGACACCUGGCGCGCAAUGGAAGACCUAGUCUCAGCCAAUCUGACUCGAUACAUUGGCGUCUCCAACUUUUCGCCACGUGAGCUCGACGCUCUUCUCAAAGAUGCAAAGAUCAAGCCGUUUGCCCACGAGUUCGAGACCCAUCCAUACUUGCAACAACAGGAAUGGGUCGACUGGCAUCACAAACAUGACAUCAAGGUCAUUGCCUACAGUCCGCUGGCCAAUUCCAACCCCACCUACCACGACAAGUAUCCAAAACUGGAUCCUAUCCUUGCAGACCGAUUCUGGAACGAGCUUGCGUUGGACAAGAACAUCACCACCGCUCAGGCCAUCCUGGGUUGGGGUAUUCAGAGAGGCACCGUGGUCAUACCCAAGAGUGUGCACCAAAAGCGAAUCCUCGAAAACCUGGCGAGUGUGAAUGUUAGCUUCACCAACGACGAGUUGGCCAAGAUUGCCCAACAGGAUCGCAGGGCUCGGUUCAAUGAUCCGGGUAGGUCAUGGGGGGUAGAACUCUUUGAAGGUUUGGAUGGUGGGAGUAAUCGCUUCCUGCUCGAUCAUGAGCUGUAG